AUGACUCCUCCUAGAAAAAAAUACAUUUUUCACGUUGCUAGAACAUCAGACAGUAAAUUUAAAUGUCCUAGAUGCCAUUAUUGUUUUUCAAAAUAUGAUAAACUUAAAAAACACGUACAAAAAAUUCACAUUACAUCGAUACGAGGAUUAAGCCUUCAAAGACAAGCUCCAUGUGAGAAAAAUCGCGAUAGCAUAUCAUUUGAAGCAAAAAUGUGUAAUGAACUUGAUGACCUUGCAAGAAAGUUAAAGAGCGCUGAAGAAAGAUACCUGCCAUUACUUGAACGUGGAUUACCCAUUAGCAAUGACUUUUGUCGUUGUUUUAAUAGCAUCAUAGAGUUGAAGCAGUCAUUUAAAGGUUUUAUCCAAAGACAAAACAAUCAAACUGAGCACAUUUUAUAUGGAAAAGUUGUUAAUGAAAAAGAUCGAGUAACUACAAUUAUUAAGAAUUUGCGUGAAGAGGUUAAAAAACUUAAUAUUGAGAUCAUCAAUAAUAAUAAAACGAUCGCAUUAUUAAAUAAAAAAUGUGAAGAAUAUGACAAAUUAAAAAAGGAUCAUGAAGCAUUGCUCAACAACAAUGAUAAUUAUUAUGUUGAUCGUUGUCGUUCAUUACAACGUGAAAAUUAUAUACUAAAGAAACGAAAUUUAGAAUUGAACGAAGAAAUUGAAGAUCACACGAGAUUGCAACAAAAUAAUGUGGAACGCAAUCGUAAGUUAGAGCUUGAAAACGGUUCAUUAAUACAACAGAUUUCGAUAUUGAAUCAAGAGAAUUUUAAUUUACAUGAAGAAAUUAAUCGUUUAAAGAAAAGAAAUGGAUCACUUUUAGCAAGUCUUUCUGGAAUUGUCAUUAAUUUAGAUGAUGACGAUGAAUAG